GUUCAACGUCUUGCAGCGACCUCCAGAUGCAUCGUUUUGGUUUUAUGUUUUCAUCGACACUAAUUUCUCUAUUGAACACGUUGUCUUUGUGUUCGAUUUCAUUGUUCAUUUACUCCCUUCUUUGUAUUUAUUCAUACUUCUGCUGAAUCAGGGUACAAGCAAAGGACCAAAUCAGAAGGUACCCAUACUUUCUGCUGCGAUAUUGAAUCUUGCAGACUUUGCUUCAGUAGCUGGAAAUAAACAAUACGGCAUUGAAAUUUUCAUUCCUUUGGAAGUCUUUGUUGGCAGCUUCAAGAGUUGCCUUUCACUCUGUCUAGUGCUCAACCUUGUGGAAUUGAGGAACACUCACGAAGCUUCAGAGACAUUUUCGAAGUUUAUCAUGUCUUGUCCAGUAUCUCCGAACCCUGGAAAGGCUUUGUUGACAGACAGAAAUGGGCAUGGUUCUUUAAAAGCAGGUCUGCGAAAGUUUAAAUUUUUGAAAGCAUUAUCUUUUAGGCGACACAAGAAGGCAUAUAAUGCAGAGGAAGGAAGCAGCAUUGAUGGAAGGAACUCAGUCAGAAGUGAGGAUCCCGAUUAUGUUUAUCCUGUGGAUACAGAUUCACUUGAUGAGGAUUCGGAAGGAGAAUCUGAGGAAGGAAAAGAGGAUACAAGUGUUCAGAAGUCAUUCAGUUAUGAAGCACUUGUCUAUGCAAACCAUGCUGGUGGAUCAUUUUGUUCAAAUACAAGCGGCAGCAGCAGUGACGAGGAUUUAGUCCACUACAGCCACCAUAUAUCAGACACAAGGCACAAGUACCCUGAGGAUACAACUGCAGCAAAUCAAUCUGCAGAGCAGAGUUCAAAACAUAGCCUUCUUUCCUGGAGGAAGAGGAAGUUGAGUUUCAAAUCUCCUAAAACCAAGGGGAAGCCAUUGUUGAAGAAACAUUAUGGAGAGGAUGGUGGAGACGAUAUAGACUUUGAUCGCCGACAGCUUUGCUCAUCCGACGAGUCUUCUUCUAGGGGGCACAAAUCCGAGUAAACUUCUCCGAUUUCAGUCUCUGAGUUUGGAGAUGAAAGUUUCGCUGUGGGUAGUUGGGAGCAGAAAGAAAUAAUAAGCCGUGAUGGACAAAUGAAGCUGCAGACUCAGAUCUUCUUUGCUUCGAUUGAUCAACGAAGUGAACCAGUUGCUGGUGAAAGCGCUUGUACAGCCUUGGUUGCUGUCAUAGCUGAUUGGUUCCAUUGCAAUCCUGAAGAUAUGCCUAUCAAGUCCCAACUUGAUUCUCUUAUCUGUGAAGGCUCGAUGCAGUAGAGAGAUCUUUGUGAAAACGAGACCUAUAGGGAACGUUUCCCAGAUAAGCAUUUUGACCUCGAGACAGUUCUCGAGGCUAAAGUGUGUCCUCUCUCAGUAGUCUCAGAAAAAUCAUUCAUUGGGUUCUUUCAUCCUGAAGGAAUUGAAGAAGAGGAAGGAUUCCACUUCCUUCAUGGUGUCAUGUCUUUUGACAACAUAUGGGACGAUAUUUCUAAGUCCGCUCAAGAAACUCCUCGUCAUGGUGACUCCUGUGUUUACAUUGUGAGUUGGAAUGACCACUUCUUUAUCCUCAAGGUUGAAAAAGACGCGUACUAUAUCAUUGACACACUUGGGGAGAGGCUUUUUGAGGGUUGUAAUCAGGCAUAUAUCCUCAAAUUCGACCAAGAUACAAUAAUUAUGGAGUACCUAGUGAGUCUCAACAAUCAGAUGAUAAGCCAUCUUGCAAUAGAAAAGAGAAAACCGAUGUCAAAGAGGCUGUGGAUGAAAGAAAAAUUGUCAUGAGCACCAACAGCGACGACAGUAUGCAGGAAGACAGGGCACCUGAAAAGAAAAUCAUUUAUAGAGGUAAAGAGGCAUGUAAAGAGUGCAUUAAAAGUUUUUUGGCAGCAAUCCCUAUUAGGGAGUUACAAGUUGAUGUAAAGAAAGGAUUGAUGGCAUCGACACCCCUUCAUCAGCGCCUAUAAAUCGAGUUCCACUACACAAUGAGCUUUGUCCCCAAGUUUGAGGAGUCGUCUUCAGAAGAACUGAUUGCUAACAGUUUGGCCAUAGUACCAUCGGUAGCAACAGAAUAAGCAACGAUUGGUAAAGCUUUACGAGUAUAUACAUAGCGCUAAU